AAUCUUUGAUCUUUCCCCCCUUCUCUCCCUUUCCAUUUUUUCACUGUUUGUUCAACUGUUUAAGCUUUGUUCAGCUUCCUCUGCUACACACUAUCACAGUCUGCUGUAUUGAUUUUCUACCCAGAUUCUUGCAUUUUCCGGGAAAGUUUUUGAACUUGUCUACAAUCCAAUCAGUUCCAGCAACUGGGUCUUCAAGAAAAUCACAACAAACAGCAUGUUUGGAUAGUGAGAUUUCAAUAGAAUGCCUGUGUCAACUAGGUCUCAGAUCAACACCAACCCAGAACAGAAUGAGUCCAACCAAGACCAGAGGGAAGAUCACCCACUGAGAAAUCCACACCAUGGAUUGAAAGAGAAGAUGAAAGCGUUAACUCUCUUGUAUGAGCAGCAAAAAAAAUCCUCUGUAAGUCUCAAGAAGGAAGCAAAUGAAUUGAACCAGAGCAAUGUGAUGAAAGAGAACGCAAUGCCCAAUUCAACAGUCACAAGAGCAUUUGUGUUGCCACAGCCUCCAAUUGAUGAAGAAAAGGAGAACAUACCAGCGGCUAAUGGUGAUGGUAUUGUCGGGUUUUCUUGCCCAAGAAAGUCCCCUGUUUCGACCACGGCUGUGAGGAAGCUCUCAAUUGGGAGCUCUGUUUUACCCCAAUCUGAUCCCAGAGGGGUCGCAGGGACCCAAAAUGUGAAUGAAUUGCAGGCGAUUUUGGAGAAACAGAGCACAGGGGGUAGUAGGAUUCUUGUGUUUGUGAGGCUUAGGCCUAUGGCCAAGAGAGAGAAAGAAGGAGGGUCGAGGAGUUGCGUCAGAAUUGUGAACCGGAGGGAGGUUUAUUUGACGGAAUUCGCAACAGAGAAUGAUUAUCUCCGGCUUAAGAGGCUUCGGGGGAGACACUUCACGUUUGAUGCCUCGUUCCCAGACUUAACUACUCAACAGGAGGUUUAUUCAACUACAACUGCAGAGCUUGUAGAAGCUGUUUUACAAGGGAGAAAUGGGUCAGUUUUCUGCUACGGUGCCACAGGAGCUGGAAAAACUUACACUAUGUUGGGCACGGUGGAGAAUCCAGGAGUGAUGGUUUUGGCAAUUAAGGAUCUUUUCAACAAGAUUAGGCAGAGGAGCUGCGACGGUAAUCAUGAGGUUCAUCUAUCCUACCUUGAGGUCUAUAACGAAACUGUUAGAGAUUUGCUUUCUCCAGGAAGGCCACUAGUCCUCAGAGAAGACAAACAGGGGAUUGUGGCACAUGGUCUUACUCAAUACAGAGCUUAUUCCACAGACGAAGUUAUGGAUUUGCUCUUACAAGGAAACCAAAACCGAACCACUGAACCAACUCGUGUCAACGAAACUUCUUCACGCUCCCACGCUAUUCUACAGGUUGUGGUUGAAUAUCGAGUUAAAGAUGCUUCCAACAAUGUUGUCAACCGAGUAGGGAAGCUAUCACUUAUCGAUCUUGCAGGUUCAGAAAGAGCUCUAGCUACUGAUCAAAGAACGCUUCGAUCACUUGAAGGUGCGAACAUAAAUAGGUCACUCUUGGCACUGAGCAGCUGCAUCAAUGCCCUUGUAGAAGGCAAGAAACACGUCCCAUACCGCAAUUCCAAGCUCACACAACUGCUUAAAGACUCUCUAGGGGGAGCUUGUAACACUGUUAUGAUUGCCAAUAUCAGUCCAAGCAAUCUUUCGUUUGGUGAAACGCAAAAUACCCUUCAUUGGGCUGAUCGAGCCAAGGAAAUCCGAACAAAGGCAUACGAUGCAAAUGAAGAAAUACUGCAAGUACCCGAAUCUGAAACAGAUCAGGCUAAGCUAUUACUCGAAUUGCAGAAAGAGAAUCGUGAACUACGUGUACAAUUAGCUCGCCAAAAACAGAAGAUACUAACUAUCCAGGCACAAUCAUUGGCAGCAAACGCCUCGCCAACCCCUUCUUCUAUUGCCUCUCACUUAUCUACUCCACUCUCUACCCAACCAAACAAAAAACUAAAACCCAAAUCAACUUUCUUGGCUGGGAAUUGUUUCACACCAGAAUCGAAGACAGUUGGGGAGCUUCAGCGGGCGGUGAAGGCUUUGGAGGCAGAAAUUGAGAAAAUGAGGAAAGGUUAUGAAUUGCAGAUAAAGCAGAAGGAUGAAUUUAUUCUUGAGCUUUCGUUGAAGCGUGCAAAAACAGCGACUGGGGAGGAGGGGAUGAUGAAGAGAGUUGUCACAAGGGAAAGUUUGCGGCCAAAGAAGAAAAUUGAGGGUGAAUUGAAGAGCUCAAGUCAACGGUUUCUAUCUCCUGCAGCAACAGCUAAGAAACGCAGUUUUUGGGACAUAACAACAGCUAAUAGCCCAUCAGUUAUGACAUUAAAUGGUAGAAAAACUAGAAGCCAUGUCAAUGAUGAAUCGAAAGCAGCUCGCUCCAUGCUUCUUCAGGUUUUGCGUGUCAGAGGACGAAAAGAGGAUGAUGAGCUGGUUGAGUGAUCAAGUCCAAAAUGAUUGAAGAUAUGGCCUUACUCAGCACUUUUAUUCUUUCUUGCAAUAUUUUUUCUCCUUGAUUAUUAUUUUUUAUUUUUUGUGAAUUUGAUCAACCAAAAAGCCUCAUGGUGAAAAACUUAAUGUGGAUUGCUUGUUAUGUUAUUGUCAUAACUUAAAUAUAUGUUGAUUUCUUUCAUUUAAACUCACGAAUGUAUAUAACCUAUGAGCUGAUCUUCCUAACUAUUGGAUUUGGGUUGAUUGGAGGACAAGAACACAUCAAAAUGAAAAUUAUAUUUAUGCAUUCUUAAUUUUGCAGAA